UACAGCAGGUCGGUUCAGUUGUGCAAUUGGUCUACAAAGUCAUGGUCAGAAUAUUCAUUUUAGCUGCAAUCCUUGCAACGGCUUUUGCCGUCGAGGUCCACCGCUGUGGUGACGACUAUCCGCACCCGGCGCAGGUCACCGUUCCGGGCUGUAAUGUGAUGCCUUGUGAGGUUCCAAAUCUGUCGGAUUUCAGCUUCUCGGUCCGCUUUGCUCAACCCGUGCCUACGAACACUUUGACCGUGGAUGUGACGGCAACGUUGGGCGAGUUUAACCUGCCGUACGAUACUCCGGAACACCUGAGGGAUGGCUGUGCUAAUAUCGACGCGAGUUGCCCGUUGGCUGCCGGUCAGGAGGUUACGCUGUCGGGAACGGCUCCAGUGGAGGCUCCACUGACCCGCGUUACCGUUCGCAUGAGGUUCGAGAUUAACGGCGAUGGCGGACAGAAGGCGGUCUGCUUUGCCGCCGAUGUUAGAUUGAUUUAGAGGGUGGGAGGAUGCUUGAAGGUCAAUAAAUGAGGCGAUGUUGCAUUCGAAA